UGAAAUUCAUGUUGACCUGGGCAUCCUGUAUUUCUGUGUGCUGCGGUUGGCAGCUCUACCCGAAUCGCCUCCUUUCCCACUUAGACUGGCCGGCUUUCUCCUGGAUAUGCGCAGAGGACCUCUUUCUAUUUCUUGUGACAACCUCUUCAGGCUUGAGAAGUCAGAGGUGAGACAUGGAGUCGCUAUAUCUUCAAAAGUGCCUUGGGACUUGUCUAACUCAAGGUCUUACAGAAGUGGCAAGAGUUCGCCCAGUGGAUCCAAUAGAGUAUUUAGCAUUGUGGAUUUACAAAUAUAAGGACAACGUGACCAUGGAGCAACUGAGACAGAAGGAACUGGCCGACUUGGAGCAUGAGAGAGAACUAGCUGUGAUAGAGCAGGAGAUGAUGGAGAGGCUCAAAGCAGAGGAGCUCCUGUUCCAGCAGCAACAGCUGGCAUUCCAGCUGGAGUUGGAAAUGCAGGAAAAAGAGAGACAAAGAAUAGAAGAACUACAGAGAGCUCAAGAACAAUUAGAGAAGGAUGUAACAUCAGACUCAGGCAAAACACUAGCUGAAAUUAGCAAUCGCUAUGGGGCACCUAACCUGAGCAGAGUGGAAGAACUUGAUGAACCGAUGCUAUCUGAUGUUGCAUUAAACAUUGAUCAAGACUUAUAGGAUCAACCAACCUAAGAGCAAUAAAUUUUUCUGCUUGUUUCAAGUUUCAAAA